CCCACGCCACGGUUUCCGAUUUGAGAAGUCAUCCUGAACAACUUGUAUCGAAACAUUUACGUCGUCCUGCUCUGCUCUCUUAUUUUUGCAUAAUUUCUUUUUCACCACAUCUAAUUCUGGCCGCAGUCUCUCGUUUAGUUCUUUCAACAUUUAUGCCGUCAUGUCUACUGGUCACGCACACAAACAUUCCGGUUCUGUAUCCCAGAACCAAAAGGCACAGCUCGCCAACGCAUAUAACGAACUGGGGAAGGAAUUAGCGUCGCAUAAAGUCAGAGUAGUCGGAAAUUACACACUGGGAAAGGUCAUUGGUGAAGGUGCCUACGGAAAAGUACGUAUGGGCACCCACCGGUUGACGUCGACCCGGGUCGCUAUCAAGCAGAUUCCGAAGUCCAUGUCAGCUACCCUCACCCGUGAGAUACACCAUCACCGCCAGCUACACCAUCCGCACGUUGCCCAGAUGUACGAGGUCAUCGCGACGGAGUCCUCAAUAUGGAUCGUCACGGAGCUCUGCUCUGGAGGCGAGCUCUUCGACUAUCUCGUCGAAAAGGGCCGCUUGUCCGAGGACGAGACCAAAGUCAUGUUUGGCCAGUUGUGUCUCGCUGUUGCAUACCUCCACGAGAAGGGCAUAGUCCACCGUGACCUCAAGCUUGAGAAUGUAUUGCUCGAUGAGCGAUGCAAGGUGAAGCUCGGGGAUUUUGGGUUCACAAGGGAGUUUGAGCGGGGAACGUUGAUGGAGACGUUUUGUGGGACGACCGGGUAUGCCUCGCCUGAGAUGUUACAGGGCAAGAAGUAUCAGGGUCCGGAGGUGGACGUGUGGUCACUGGGUAUUAUCUUGUAUUGCCUGUUGACUGGAACGCUACCAUUUGAUGACGAUGACGAGGCUGUCAUGCGACAGAAGAUUAUAAAAGGCGAUUUUGAGGACCCAGAAUGGCUUUCUAUAGAAUCCCGCGAUCUCAUCAAGAAUAUUUUGGUCAUGGAUCCGGCUAAACGUCUGACCAUACCCCAGAUUUUGACUCACUCGUGGUUUGGCACGACAAUUCCGACAUUCCAGCAUGAAUCACCUAUACAACUAUCCCCCAACUCUGUACCUGCUGUAUUAUCAUCCUCUGGGUAUGAAUUCCCCUCAGAAACAAGCUCUCCAGAUGUUCCAUUACAGUCCAUUCCUGAAUCUAAUCGCUCCUCCGAAGCGUCCUCUUACUCUAACCAUUCCGCAUCGACUUUCCAUUCUACUUGUGGUACGUCUCCUCCUACCACUCCAGAUCGUUCUUCUGGAGACUCCUUCGAAGAUUUGCCGAAAAUCGCACCCGCCAUCCACGCCAACCCUAGCGAAACUACGAUUAGACGUCCCCUUCAACCCUCCGAUCUUGACUCGAUAGUCACGAAGGUAGAGACAGUGAUGGAGGAGGAAGCGGAUGAUGUUCUCGAAGUUCCUUCACCGCCUCAACGUACUCUGUCGUCGAGCUCAAAGGCGCCGCCAGUCCAUUCGGUCCGAACCCCGGCGCGUACAAAGCGUCGCUCGGUCUCCUCUCAACUUUCCGACGGGGAGUCUCCAAUAGCAGAGAAAGCGCCAACCCUGCCUACACCGCAAGGGCAGGAUGUAGACUUUUCGUCUUUAUUGAGUACCCCGGCCCCGAUUAUAUUCUCGACGCCAUUAGAACAGGAAUUGCUAAAUUCGCUUAGUAUGCUAGGAUUCGACCUAGGUCAGAUCGUCUACUCGGUGCUCAAUGAUGCAUGCGACGCUGCUGGAGCUUUGUGGUGGAUGUUGAAGCGGAAGGCAGAAAAGAAGUUGCUAGAGGAUGCGGACAAUCUCAUAAGUCCCGCAUCAGUGAUAGAAGCCCAUAUAAAGGAUGCGAAGGCCAAGGCGAAACAUGGUGUCAAUGUUGGGACACAAACAGAUCCGACCAUUCCUGCACCGUUGACUGUUGUUCGAACUACACCGCAGUUUGCUAUUGUGCCGCCAACGCCUACGUUUGUGCCAAGGCCUAUGACACCCCCUCGUUCAACGGCAUCGCCGACAUCACGGACCCUUUCACCUUCAUCCUCGAUGGUGGCGGAGUCGUCGCGGUCUCACCCGACAACUCCCGCGGGAAGCAUGAAGGAGCCAAAGGUGCGCAAACCGAGGUCCGGCAGUGUUAGCAUCAUGCAGCGUGCGACAACAGCGUUGGAGGCCGCAGGCUUGGUCCGCAAGAAAUCCUCUGAAGCAGUGAAGGAGGACAGGGAACGGGACAGGGACAGAGAGAGGUUCAAGGAGGCGGAAAGGAAAAGCGGGACGUUAGAUGAACCUAGGUCCUCACACGGAAGCAGCUCAUCAGUCUCAAAGCUGACCAAAUCGCCACCUAUGAGAGCCACCAAGGGCCCGCCGACUACGCCUCCGCCUCAUGACCUUCACCAACAAAUAGGAUCGCCGUGGGUGCUGACAAACUCACGAGACUCUUCUCCGCGUCGAUCUGGUUUUGUGGCGCCAACUCCUGCUAACUCACCCGGGGAUAUAAUGACUUCUGCUUCAGCCCCAAAUUUGACACCCACUGGAAAGAGCAAUCAAGGAUCACAGCGCAACCGGGCCAAUCUGCUCACUGCGUUCAGGCUGUGGUUCCAUGAAGAUCGGAAGGGAAAGCGUAAGGAGAAUGCUGGAAGUGUGUCUCCUGCUAAAAGUCCUUCUGGUAUCGGUCGAGGACGUCCUGUGAUGUCAGCAUCACAGUCAUAUUCUGCUGGAUCUAUCAAGAGACGGACCAGUGGAGGUACAGGUGGUAAAUUUGCUCGGGGAGGCAGGCACCGAGCACAGCGUGGCUCGAUCUCAUCUCGUCGUUCAAGUAGUGUUAAUUCCCGAAGGUCAUCUGUGAACUCUGUACAGAUGAUUGUACUAGAUUCCCCGCAUGUGCCCGGGAUGCGAUCUUUUGGUAGCCACACGCCCAACUCGGAACGGGGAGAGUAUUCAUCAAGACCAUCGUCGAUUCGGAGUAUCUCAAAAAGGCAUCGCAAAUCACCUUCAGCGAGCUCAGCUGGUUCGACUCACUUUAGGACGGCUUCUCCGAUGCAGAAGUACCACCGACGGGGUGGUUCAGGCUCCUCUACACGGGUCGUACGUCAGGUACAAACCAGACCUGCACACGUUCGAUCAAAUUCUACAACAUCUUCUCUCCAUUCCCCAUGUUCCUCCCGACCGACGUCAUUCCACGAAUUCUCAGAUAACGAAGGUUUCAGAGCGGGAUCACCAUUUCGUCCGCAUUCACGACGGACUCUGGAUGAAACGCCGCGCAGAAGCGGCUAUAGUUCUGGUAGCACUACGUAUUUCCAGAAACGUCAUGGCUUAUUUUCCAAUCCCGUUCUCAGCAACUCUAUCGGACGAUCAAGUUGGAAGAAGUCGUGGGGUCUAGAACCUCCGGGGUGGCAGACCCGAACAGCUCAUCUCCCUGUUGAGGUCCUUUCGAUCUCGCCGGCGGCAGAGGGGUCGUCUAUCCGGGAUGUGUUCUCAGGGCGUCAGUCGCUCAAUUUGGGAGACGAGAGUGAUUGGGUGGACGAGGACGAUGAUGUUCCGUACGCAGGAGGUUUGGGACAGAUACCUACGUCGUCGUUGCCGUCGUCUUCUGCACCGAGUCAUCGUAUGGAGUCACCUGUGGUCCUAUCACCGGCGCCGAGAGGACAUAGGAAUAAGAGGGCGAUGAAAGGAUCGAAUGUGCCGUCUGGAUCUGGGACAGCGCGGCAGAAAGUAUCGGAGAGGUCGUCGCCUGUGUCGGUAACGGAUCCUGCUCCAGAGGCUCGUGGAGGAAGGCGGCAGUUACCUACUGGACGGGCAGGGUCUGCGUUCCGACAGGCCAUUCAGGAGGAAGACGAGGAAGAAGAAGAGGAAUGAUCAUUUACGCAUUUCCUUUGAUAGACUUCUGUGGGUGUGGUUUCAUCUCUAUUUAUCCCUCCUACCUUGUUUUAUAUGGAUAC